ACAAUCUGUCAUGAAGCCCUCUGGUCCAGUGCAUACGGAGUUCCCCUCUGCAUGCAUGUGUAACUAGUUUUGAGUGGGUGUAAGGAAGUGAUUUGUGUAUAUAUGUCAGCUAUGUGUAGUAAACCCUCAGUGAGGUGUCACUGCAGCUCGUAGCAAAGCAACUGUUGUUGGAAGAGGCAGCAUGAAGCUGACACACAUUUUAAAAGAUGCCUUUACAGAGGAUUCCCCUGAAAUCAUUGGACCACACCGCAUCCAGAUGCGAGCAUGUCCAGGAAAGCGGCUGGUUCUUAACUGCAAGGCAUAUGCAAACUGUGAGGAGGAUCUGACGCUCAUCUACUGGCUGGUCAAUGGCUCUUUCCCUGAAACAGCCUACACCAAUGGCAGAGUGGCUGAGACAGAGGAGUCGACACUGGACGGUGGUGCAAUCCUGCAGAGGAGUUUGGUGCUGAAGAACGUGACACCAGAGGACCUCAAAUCCACAUUUACCUGUGUGGUGACAAACCCUGCUGGGACUGCCCACAAGUACGUUACACUAAAGCCCGCGAGAAGUAAAUUCAGAGCACACAGAGCCUGAUUGGCCGAAUGUCCCGACUUUCACGACUCUGCACGCUGUUAUCUUGCAAACUGAAUUACAAAUGCACAUGAUCAAAAUAACUGACUUUGUACUGUGACACUACUGUAUGCAAAUCCAUGCACACAGGUGAAGAAACCUAUACUUGAUUGUAAUCUUGUUCUAUUGUAUUUCUGUCAAAUGAUUAAGUGUUCAAAUUGCUGUUUUUUAUGGUACUUGACAAAUGUGUCUUCUGCUCUCCAUGACUACUGUCAAUACAAUAUUUCAACAAAGUUACCUGCUAUGCCUGCUAGCCUCAUUCUGGUGUCUUUGCUUGGCCAUUUCGUAUUUAUCACUGAUACAUAUUUUAACCAUACAUGAUGAGCAUACACGGAACACUUUAUGAUGAAGUGUGCAAUGUUGCUGGAUCCCUGUAUUCCCUAUGC